AUGGCUAAAGAAUCUGAUGAUCUUCAUGGUAUGGUACCAGAUUCAAAUGAUAUGGCAUUAUUACUUAUUGAUGUUAUUAAUCAUUUAGAUUUCGAAGGAAAUGAAGAAAUAUUAAAAGUAGUUGAACAAAUGGGUCCACAUAUUGCUAAAUUAACAGAAGCAGCACGUAAAGCUGGUAUACCAAUAGUUUAUGUUAAUGAUAAUUUUGGUAAAUGGAAAUCAGAUUUUCAUAACGUUAUUGAAUAUGUUAUUAAUGAAAAUAAACCUGGUAAACAUUUUGCUCAAUUAUUACAUCCACAAGAAGAUGAUUAUUUUGUUCUUAAACCAAAACAUUCAGAAACAUUAAUUCUUGCUGGUGUUGCUGGAAAUAUAUGUGUUUUAUUUACAGCUAAUGAUGCUUAUAUGAGAAAUUAUAAAUUAAUUGUUCCAAGUGAUUGUAUUGCAUCAAAUACUAUUGAAGAAAAUGAUACUUGCUUGGAACAAAUGAAGAAGUUACUUAAAGCAGAUACAAGACCAUCAGUUGAUAUUAUAAAAGAAAUUGAAAAAAUGCCAAAAAAUAAAAAAAGUGAUGAAGAACGAGCGAAAAAACGAAAAAAAAUUGUUAAACCAUAG